AUGAGCAGCACGGGGCGCCGGAGGGUGCUGUCAGGCUUCCAGCGCGCCGAUCUGAACAGGGCCUACUAUUUCGAUGUCAAGAUCCAGGUCGGCGGCCGCGGGACGUAUUGGGACAGCGAGAGGCUAUUCUUCAUGUACUACCAGAAGCUUGAGCACCGCUGGGCCAUCAGCCUUCAGGCCCAGGCGCUGUUCCUCGGUCUCACCCUCCUCCUCUCUCUCCGAGGAGGCACGACAGCCUGGUGCCUGACGUCGCUGAUGAAUUUUGGCGUCCCGACUUUGGACCGCAGCUGGCCAGAUACGCGCUCGGUGAGUGCUGCAGACACCGCGUCCAGUUGCAGCCAGCACGACGGCCACGCCACGCCCAUUGCUCAUUGGCUUUGUCACGUCGUCUUCACCUUAAACCAGUUCGGCAACUGCGAGUUGCCGCACUUAUUAUUCAAUCGGUUUGUCCUCGGGGCGAACUUCGACGUCGACUUCGUUACCGUCAGCACCGACCCCCUUCCAGGAUGA